AGAUGAAAUGAGAAUCUGCUAAAUGAACUAGAACUCGAAGGCUCUAGAAGGUGCAUGCAGCGAUGUCUUCUUAACCGAAGCCAGGGAAGAAAGCAGCAGAAACCCUAGAUCGAAAUGGCGGAGCAUCUGGCAUCGAUAUUCGGGACAGAGAAGGACAGAGUAAACUGCCCCUUCUACUUCAAGAUAGGGGCCUGCAGGCACGGCGACAGGUGCUCCCGUUUGCACACAAAGCCCAGCAUAAGCCCGACGUUGCUGCUCUCCAACAUGUACCAGAGGCCUGACAUGAUUACCCCCGGCGUCGACGCCCAGGGCCAGCCCAUCGACCCCCGCAAGAUCCAGGAGCACUUUGAGGAGUUUUACGAGGAUCUCUUCGACGAGCUCUCCAAGUACGGCGACAUCGAGAGUCUCAAUGUCUGUGAUAACCUCGCCGAUCACAUGGUUGGCAACGUCUACGUUCAGUUUCGCGAGGAAGAGCAUGCCGCUAAUGCCCUCCGCAACCUCACCGGAAGGUUCUAUGCCGGCCGCCCCAUUAUCGUCGAUUUCUCUCCUGUCACCGACUUCCGUGAGGCCACUUGCAGGCAGUAUGAGGAGAACACUUGCAACCGCGGCGGUUACUGCAACUUCAUGCACUUGAAACGAAUCAGCAGGGACUUGAGGCGUCAAUUGUUUGGUAAGAGCCACCGCAGCAGGCACAGCAGAAGCAGAAGCAGAAGCAGGAGCCCUAUUAGGCAUCGGAGCCAUGAGGAGCGGUCCCACCGUAGCCACAGCAGGAAGUAUGAUGAAAGGGAUCACUAUUAUGAGAGCCGUAGCAGGAGACACCGGAGCAACAGCCCUGGACAUAGGAGGGGGAGAAGCCACACUCGAAGCCGAAGUCCUGGAGGAAGGAGGAAGCGCAGUCCAGUUAGAGAUAGUAGUGAAGAGAGGCGUGCUAGAAUUGAGCAAUGGAACAGGGAGAAGGAACAGAAAGAGAAUCCUAGGAAGGUUAAUUCUGAAGAAAAUAAUGGUGGCCACAUUCAGAAUGGUAGUAAUGAACAUCAGCAGCAUGAGCAACAGCCCCAUGACGAAGGAUAUGGAUACUGAACUUUUGAUGCUGUUAUGGUUUGUGUUGUCUCUCUCAAUUCUCUUAUGCAUGUUCUCUUGCCCUAGCAGUAGGAAAAAAAAUUAAUUCGAAACUAGACCACCCACAAAAUAAAUGUAGCUUAUCACCCAUUUUCCACUGUGCAGGUGGUACAGGUGCACUGUUCUGUGAUAUGGAAUGUGUUCUCUUCUCAUCCCCCACCCCUUUUUCAUUUUGUAUACAUGAUGCUUGAUUUGAUUGUAUGUUUGCUUGUUCUAUUUCAUGCUAGGUUUUUCAGGAACUUCUACUAACUCCUUAAUUCAGCACAAUUCUUUUUGAAGUGUUUUUUCUUUUUUUUUUUCUUUUAGUCUCCUAAAAAUAGUAUCAAAGCUGCUUUUUGUUGCACAGGGAGCCCCCUAUUUCUUGUUUACACUGCUUGUAUGUACUCGGUAGCUCUAUAGGUAAUGAUGUGUAAACAUUUCCUGUUUCCCUUGUGUUCCUACAAAUUUUCAUACACUCUGUCCAAGAUUGUCGCAAAUUAUUGGCCCCCUUUUUGUUUCUACCUUUGUCUCAAAUCUCAAUUAUCUCGUUUUGGUUCACUUUGUCCAAUGUGCUUAGAGUUACUUUCCUAAUCCAUAUUCACAAGAAUUAAGCAGACACCCCUCAGUCCCAUCUCCCAACAAACACAAGUUCUUGUUAAGCCUUGGAUCUUGUUAGUGUAAAACGGAAACAUACUUUGUCAUGUUAAAGAUAUAUCCUCUUUAUUUUUUGAAAACCUUUCAUUACAAAACCAGAUUCCUUUCUUUCUUUCAACCUAAAUAUCAUUUUUACAAGGGAUCGGUUAUGAGUUUUACCAUUCAGUUGAUCAUGUAUGCUUGUUAUUAUGGUUGAUUUGCAUGUGUGCAUGAAUUCUUUUAUUUUACAGUCAGGGACUGAUCUCCAUCAUACAUGAAGGGCUAGUGAACGACCAAUUCAAUGGUUCUGUAUGGAUUUUGUAUUCUAUAAAGCUUUAUUUUUCUCUAAAAAGUCACUUUCUUACAUUAUUUACAAGUUUUGCAGGUUCAGGGUAUCCUUCCUUCUAUGAACCGAACCAUUGAUUUAAUGCAAUUUUACCGUGGAAUUGUGUACAGGUUCUUGGAGUGCGCUGCAGGUUCCUGGUUUGGUGAUCCUUUCAACAAGCAAUCUCGGGUGAAGCCGUUACUGGCGUGUUGGUUUCUUGUAAUGGCAGGCUAUUUGAAAUGGCUUUUUAUUUUCCUAGCUUAUUAGGAUA